AUGCAGACCUCUAAACAUUCAUGGAGAUUCGUUUAAGACGCCUCAGGACUGAUUAACCUUUCAAUGAGAGGUUUCAGAAAGACUGCCAACCCAGGAGCCUACAACUUGAGAUUCAAACCAUCCCAAGGUUUAGACAAUAUAUAUGUUCACUACUGGGCUAACAUCCACGGAGCUAGCGGACAUGAACAAGCAAAAACCGAGAGAAACCCAAACAAAUUCGCUUACAGCAACAAUUUGUUCAAGAAUGACUUGUGGGAAUGGAGAAUGAGAGCUGCAGAUUAUGUUUAUCAAAUCUACUCAAGACUUCAUAGAUCAAAUGAUGGCUGGACCAGAGCUCUCGUUGGCUACACUUCUUUCUGCUUCCUUAUGUUCAACCAAGCACUCAUCUGGAAGAUUCACUUGGCCUUCUUCGUGAUGGCUACUGCCAGCAGAAUCAGAGACAAGGGUUGCGAGCCAACCAUCGAUGAGGUCUGGGUCCUCGAUAAUAUUUUCAAGAACGAGAAAAUCAGCAAGCUCUUCACCCCAGAGACCUACCACGUUAUUGACUUCGAUCAAGAGUGGGAUUCUGGCAGAGAGAACCCAUACUUCCCAGAGUACAGAACCCCAGUUGCCAAGUUCUUCAACGCUGACUCAAACACCACCACUGGUAAAUACAAGAUCGGUGAUGUUGAAAGCGGUGCCACCAUGACUCUCCAUUUCAAAACUAUGCCCUUCUCAAACAAUAAAUAUAACUUCACCGAGCCAUUCCUCGUCUACGACAUGUUUGCUGAGAUCAAUCACAAUGGCAGCUACCACGUCGAGCACCUCGUUAAAGCUGAGGACACCCUAAAGUCUAAGAGAAUCUUCGUUCUAUGGCACUGA